AAAGUCAUCAUCUCAGGGCUGGCAAUAUACUGUCAACACAAUAUCUGUCUUAAUUAGCUGUGAAAACACAAGGAGGUAGUAAAGAGUCCAUCAGCAGGAGGAAAUAUUCUUGAGUUUACAGGGAGUGGGUCCUCGUCCAUGGAGUACACCAUGUUGCACCGCUAUGUUUCUACAGCAGCCCGGAACACACCAACCAAACAAUGAUAGGGCCAGUCUUGUGUCGGCUACCAUAGUAAGCAGACCGACCAAGAAGAGCAGCAUCAGAAAAAAAAUUGUUUUAACGUGAAACUGCUUUAUUCAGUCUUUUUACCAGUUUAAAUCACCAGGUCUGUUUGUUUUGCAGAGGAAGAGACUGCUGUGGAUGAUUCUGCUCCCAGUAAAAACCUCCUGAACGUCUGGAUCUGAAGUUGUCAGAGAAAAAAGGUGAGCGUACAUCAGCAGGUGCUGGGCUGUCUGCGACAAGACAAACAGCAUCGGAGAAACACUGAUGUGUAACGUGAAGCUGGUCUUAAUCACAUGGUCUGUUUGUAUUGGAGAAGAAGAGCCUUCAGUGGAUAAUUUGGCCCCUGGCAAAAACAUCUGGAUCAGAAAAGGUUGAGUACACAUUAAGUGUUUGGAUUAGCAGGUGCUGGGCUAGCGGCCUGUUUGUGGUGUGCCAAACAGCGUCGGAGAAAUACUGAUUUGUAACAUGAAACUGCUUUAUUAUUUAUUGUUUUUACCGGUUUAAAUCAUCAAGUCCGUUUAUUUUGGAGAGAAAGAGACCUCUGCAGAUAAUACAGCUCCCAGUAAAAACCUCCUAAACAUCUGGAUCUUAACUUAUCAGAGAGAAAAGGUGAGCCAACAUUAGCAGGUGCUGGGCUAACAGCAUCACAGAUUUGUAAUAUAACACUGCUUUUUUCAGUGUUUUUACUGGUUUUGAUCACAUGGCCUGUUUGGUUUAAAGGAGGAGGAGACCUUUGUAGCUAAUUUGGCUCCCGGAAAAAACCUGACCAAUGAACACUGAAGGAAUUCUAACUGGGAGUUUAUGCUUGGCACAUGGGAGAAGUUUCAGUUAGCUGCAAUCCUCACCACUAGAUGCCACUAAAUCCUACACACUGCUCCUUUCAAGUAGCGUCCUUGAUACUUUCCUUUUAAACAAAUUAGUAAAAUUCUAGCAUAUAGCUUAUGCUCCAUACAUUUUUCAAACAAAAAGAGGCAGGUUAACAUUUAUAGUUUUUGCACACAUGACUCUCUGACAACAGCAUGACAGAUGGAGGGACUGACAAAGGGCAACAGAUGAAUGAGAACCUUUUAUGUACAAGCCGGCGCCACUCUACAUAAAUGCAUGUCAGAAUGAACCGCUGAGAGGUUGAGCUUCACAAUACAAAAUGCAGUAAGCCAAAUGUCCAUCCAAAAGGUUGUCCCAAGGAAAGAAACCAUUUGGAAGGUUUGGAAGACAUUAUCAAUUUUUUAAAUAAAAUAUAGUUGCAAGAGAAUGACGACAAAAAUGUGGCUGCAACUAUCUAACAGAACACUUCGCUGCAUGAGCAACUUCCUCCUUCUUCAUCAACUGCAACCAAACAACAUAACAUUUCCCUGAGGCGUCAUCUGUUGUGCCCACUUGAGUAUCCCAUAUGGCUCGACAUAUAUAAUUUAGGAUCAUAAAUAUACAAUCCCUACCCUCCACUGAACAGACAUGGGCAUGAGGAUCCAACAACACUUAUUGUAGUCUGUUGUGCUCGGUAAAUCCAGCAGGGCAUAGAGGUUUUAGUGGAGCAGCGAUGCUGGUGUAAUGCCUUUGACACCCAGCUGUUAAUUCAGACUGACAACAGGCAGAUAUCUGGCAGACUAAUGGCAGAUGGGGCUUGAAUCCUAGCUUUAUGGAGAUAAACUAUACCCCCUUAGGAAGGAAAGGGGAAUGGAGAGGAGAACAAAGAGAGGACAAACACUUUUUAGUAACAUGGUGAAACAACACUGGAGAGUUUAUCUAAAAAGGUGGAAUAUUCUGGCUUUUUCUGGACAUUUGUGUCAUUAUCACAGCAGGAGGAAAAUGUUGCCCAUUGAGCUCGCUGUGUUAGAGGUAGGAUGCAAUCUUUAGGGCCCAGUUUUACUGUAUUUAUAUCAUCAAAAGCAAAGAAUGAAGAAAAGCAUAAUCACAUAUUUUAAAUUACCUCCUUGCCAACUUAUUAUUAAAAGUAAAAGAACAACUAUUAGUUGAAUCUAGAGAGAAAAAUCCCUCAUCUGGCCUAGUUUAAGUAGUACAGGAAAAUAAUUAUAGUCAUGACCCAGAGGAUAAAGCUUGUCAGAUUUAGCUGUACUGUUGUUGUUUUAUUGUUUCCACUGUGAAUCUCCUGCCUUCCAAAUAAGCAAUUUAGCAUUAGAUAAGGUUUUAUGUCUGCUAUGGACAUAAGGGAUGUUAUGUUGUUACACUCUUGUGGGCCAGUGUGUGUGUGUGUGUGUGUGUGUGUGUGUGUGUGUGUGCUUCUUCCUCCCAGUUUCCUUCAGCCCUACCGCAGGAUCAUGUCUGCCCUCCAAUGGCUACAACAGGCAACAACAUGCAACAUUACUUAUGAUAAUUGGGAUUAAUUCAGCAGCGAUUGCAGCUGUGAAAGGCCUAAAUAUAAAUAUGGGUUGGAACCAAAGGUGGAUUUUGGUUACUAAAUAAAGCAUGCAGCUGCCAUCUCUGAUUCUCUUUCAUCAUCAAAAUGUUUCAAACACAAGAAGUCAGAAGGGACUGUGAUAGUUUUCUUUGCUCGGUGACUAAAGGCAAGAAAUGAGACAAAGUAGUCAUUGUACAAAAAAAAAAAAAACAACCACGAAAAGCUGUCCUAUUGGUCCCAAAGUUAGAAAAAAAAAAAAAAAAAUAGCAAAUGACGUGUGUCACUCAUCAACUUUGUCCCUACUGUUUACAUAAACACGUUACUCAUACCCUGUUGGCUGGGCUCUGUCCUGCUGAAGAGGAGGAUCACAUAUUGUCCUGGUGUUUAAGCAGAGCAGGUAGACGCACAGGAAGAGAGGGGAAACAUGUUUUUUACGACUCUGCUCUGUCUGCUGUUACUGCGGCCUGGCUUCGCUGCUCUAAUGAGUUCUCCAUUGGACGGGCUUUUUCAUCACUCCCCCAGUCAAAGAGACAUAGUUUCCGCUCCUGGCUCUUCUGAUGCCUCAGUGAGUGAGCGGCAGCGACGCUCAGCUCUGAUGCCUGAUAUCACACAUCUGGAACUGCUGGUGGUGGUCGGGCCUGAUGUGCAGCAGGUCCACAAACAGGAUACAGAACGAUACAUCCUCACCAACCUCAAUAUUGCCUCAGAGCUGUUGAGAGACAUGGCCCUGGGAGCCAACACAAGGGUGCACCUGGUCCGCAUGAUCAUCCUGACAGAGCCAGAGCCAGAAAUCCAAAUGUCUCCCAACAUUACCUCCUCUCUCAGAAGUGUGUGUGACUGGGGCAGAAGGAUAAACCCCCCAAACGAUACAGACCCACUCCACGCUGAUCUCCUCUUAUACAUAACAAGAUACGACCUGGAGUUGCCUGAUGGGAACAAGCAGGUCAGGGGCGUAGCACAGCUGGGUGGGGCUUGCUCCAGUGACUGGAGCUGUGUGAUCACAGAGGACACGGGCUUUGACCUGGGGAUCACUAUCACUCAUGAGAUUGGCCACAGUUUUGGAAUCAACCAUGACGGAGUAGGGAACACCUGCAGCAGGAGUGGGUUCAUGAUGGCCUCUGACGGAGGCUACAACAGUGUGGAUCUGACCUGGUCUCCCUGCAGCAGACAGCAGCUGCUCACAUUCUUCAGUGAAGGAAAAGCUGAAUGUGUGAAGGACCUGCCUGCACUGGGAGGCUCCCUCCAAGACUGGAAGCCUGGUCUGUACUAUGGAGUUGAUGACCAGUGCCGUAUAGCUUUUGGUAGCACUGCAAGAGCCUGCUCUUUCACCAAUCCUGACCUGCCAGCUUGUCGUGUCCUGUCCUGUCACAUUAACCCUGAUGAUGACAGCUCCUGCAAACGUCUCCUGGUCCCACUGUUGGAUGGGACAGAGUGUGCACCUAAUCAGUGGUGUCUGAAGGGGCGUUGUGUGUCAUCAGAUGAGCUCAGCUCGUCUGUGGUGGUGCACGGCUCCUGGUCCAGCUGGUCUGAGUUCUCGCCCUGCUCACGGAAAUGUGGUGGGGGAAUCACUCACCGCACGCGGAAAUGCAAUAACCCAAGGCCUGCUUUUGGAGGGAAUGACUGUGAGGGACCGGAUAUUGAAGCUGAACUUUGUCACCAGCAGCCAUGUGAGAGCACCCAGCUGGAUUUCAUGGCAGAGCAGUGUUCCCAAACAGACCUCCACCCCCUUUACCUGCAACCACACACUGCUUCCUUCUACACCUGGAUCCCUGCUAUAGGCUUCGCACAAGGGGACGAGCAGUGCAGAUAUAUGUGCCAGUCGAGAGGAGAGAACUUCAUAGUGAGCCGUGGCUCUCAGUUUGUGGACGGGACUCGCUGUGAGCCAGACAGCCCGCCUCCCUUUGGCUCCACAGCUGCUUGUCUCAGAGGGAAAUGCCAGCUGUUUGGCUGUGAUGGUGUGCUGCACUCUGGGAAAGUGAUGGAUGUAUGUGGGGUGUGUAGUGGAGACGGAUCAUCCUGCAGUUUGAUCUCUGACUCCUACAAUGGUGGUCGGGCCAGAGAGUACACCACCUUCCUCACUCUGCCAGUGAAUGCCACACAGAUUCAUAUUGUCAACACGGCACCUCUGUUCACUCAUAUGGCUGUAAUGUUUGGGGGUAGAUACAUUGUGUCCGGGAUGGGAAGCAUGGCACUGAAUAUGACCCAUCCCUCCCUGCUGGAUGAUUAUCGCUUAGACUACCGUCUCCACCUGACCCCUGACCUUUUGCCUGAGAUGGAGGAGCUGCUGCUGCCAGGGCCGCUGUCAGAAGAGAUAAACAUACAGGUCUAUCGCAAAUAUGGAAAAGAAUACGGAGAGAAAACAAAUCCAAACAUUAGCUACCAGUUCUACAUACCAACCAGAAACAGUGACUUGACGGGCAUUACACCAAAAGGGAAAUGGGCUUUCUUCACAACACCCUGCUCUGUCUCCUGUGGAUCAGGUGUACAGAGGCACGUAUCUAUCUGUAUAGAUGAGGAUACCAACAACCAUUUGGAGGAACACAACUGUGAAACACCUCCUCCACCUGUACCGCUCCACACAAGCUGUCAGCUCUCACCCUGUCCCCCCAGGUGGGAUACAGGGGUGUUUGGGCCCUGCAGUGCCUCCUGUGGUGGAGGAGAGAGAGUGCGUCCUGUAAGAUGUGUUCAGAAAGAUGGAGCCGAUGUGGUUAAGGUUCCUGAUUCUGAAUGCUCAGCUGACACAGCUCCGAAUACUGUUGAAAAAUGUAACCUGCAACACUGCCCUGCCAGAUGGCAUGUGUCAGAGCCAGGGGAGUGCUCAGCAGUGUGUGGGCCAGGGGAGGCAAAACAAGUUGUGUCAUGCAUCCGGCCAGAGAAUGGUCAGGAUGUUGAAGUGGAUCAGAGCUUUUGUUCGUUGCAGAUCAGACCACCUGAUUCUGUGCCCUGUGUGACCGAUGUUUGUCCCAUUGGUUGGGAAUCUAAGGGAGAGGAACAGGCCCUGCUGAAGUCUGGGGUGUCGCCACGCUCCAGACAGGCUCCUGUGUAUGUCUGGAGUCCUGUUAUCAGCCAGUGCUCAAAAACCUGUGGCAAUGGAACCCUGCAGGUGUGGUUCUCCUGCAUGGACCACCAGACCAGACUGAGGAUGACUGACGUCCACUGUGAUGCUUCUACCAAACCUCUUCCUCAGUCUGAGAGCUGCAACACAUCUCCCUGCCCCCCCGUGUGGCGCUCUAAGCAAGGAGUCUGCAGUGUAACUUGUGGAGGAGGGGUGGCCAACAGGGUGCUGUACUGUGCCAGAGAAACAGAAGGGGAGGAGGAGGUGGUGGAGGAUUCAGAGUGCAGUGACUUUCCCAAACCCACAGCAGUGGUUUCAUGUAACGACCACAGCUGCCCGGCAAGGUGGAAAGUAUUCAGCACAUCGCCCUGCUCAGCAUCCUGUGAUUUGGGUGUAGCUCAGAGGACCGUAUCUUGUGUCCAGUUUGUCCAAGGCAAGGAGAGCGUGGUGCCGGAGGAGAGCUGCCGGGAAGCUGUCAAACCUGCCACCACAGUGCCCUGCCUGGUGCAGUUGUGCACCUUUAGGUGGGAGGUGAAACCAUGGAGCCAGUGUUCAGUGCCCUGCGGCUACGGGAUCCAGUCUAGAGCUGUGUCCUGCAUGGGCCCCUCUAAGCCGGACCCCCUCAGCCCUCUGUUUUGUAUGCACAUGCCUAAACCCAUCACCAUCCAGGGUUGCUACACAGGCAGCUGCGGAGAUGUGCCACCCACCUCAGACGCUACUACUGCAGUGAUGCCACAGCACCCACUGGACCAUCCUUCUUUAAGUCCAACAGAGGCAGUCACCGUCCCACAGGCCACUCCAACGACCACCCCAACCCCUAAACCCAGUGCAUGUGGGCAGCUACUCUUGGAGGAGUCUGGCGUGGUGGACUUAAAAGACGUGACUGGUCGUUGCAUGGUAUCCAUAGGUCGACCCCUGGAUGAGGUCAUUAAUAUUAAAGUGGAAGCUGGCUCCUUGAACUGCAGAAAGAAGGAAUAUGUUGCAUUUUUCGAUCGACUGGCAUUUGUGAGGAAGUGCGAGCAGGUAGCAGGCAGUGAACUGACCACCAGAACCAACGUCUUGCUGGUGCGUCAAAACCUGCUCACCCCAGGGGCCGGGGUUGUGUUUACCUUCAGUUCACAGAAAAACACGAAGAAGAGCCACCAUCAGGAUUGUGACAUCCAGCUGUUUUCCCCAACUGGUGUCUUUGAGAAUCCAACAACAUCCAACACCAACCACACCUGUCGAGUCCUUAUCAACGCCCCUCCCUCAGUCAAGAUCAGAAUCCAAGCGCUGCACAUAGGAUUAGUAUUCAACUCCACCAACUCCCAGUCUACAUACAUCAUGAUCCGGGACAUGGAUGUCUUAAAGACCAAUGUGUUUAAAGGCCAGCAGCUGUUUCAGUGGCACUCCUCUGGAAAUAUGGCUGAGAUUGAAUUUCAUGGACGCUACCUGCAUGCCAAAGGGAGCUUCCGAGCUGAAUAUGCCUUUAUGCGUCUUUGAUACCAAAUAUUCUGUAUUUUCAGAAACUAACUAGUUUCACUAUAUUGAAAUGUAUGUUUUACAUUUCUUUAGUUUAGGUCAAGUGUGUAGGAUUCCACAGAGUCUGCCAUGUUGUUUCUACAGUGGCCCAGAGCGGACAGACCAAACACUGGCUCUAGAUAGGGCCAUUUCGUUUGUGUUUUCACAUCAGCCACUGUAGUUCUCCCACACACUUGGCACGUAAGUUUCAGUUAGUUGCAAUCUGCAACCUCACCACUAGAUGCCACUAAAUCCUACACACUAGACAUGAAAUACUUAUGUUUUUGUAACAGCCAUAAACUUCUAGCCAUUAACCUCUAUUAAGCUAAAUACUUUCUUCUGGUUUUCAUUCCUAUACGUUGAUCAUU